CUACAAGUGUACCUAGGAGAACAAACUUGUUAAAAUCGGGAAGAGUCAAGGUAUCAUCAUGAAUCGUCAAAGCAGUUUUGUUAUUACAUCAUCAUUACUAAUAUUCCUAUUAUUAGAAUUUGCAAUGCACGUCAACAGCAACAAGCAUGGACAUAGACAUGUGCAUGUACAUGGACAUGGACACCAGCGCAAAGAAAACGCCUGGGACAAAAUGGCUGUUAAAAUGCAUAACGCCGCAAAUUUGGGACAUGGAGAAGAACUAGCUGAAUUAUUUGAAUCGAUGGACAUUCGUGUUAAGAAUAUGGAAAAGGAAGAUUGGAUUCGUAUUGAACAUGUACUGCAGGGCAGUCCUCAUGCCGGCGAAGGAAAAGGACUAGAAGAUUUUGUCAAUGUCAUGCAG